AUGUACGCUUCGCGACCAGUGAUCGAGGGAACCAACUUGGACGUGAAUUUGCGACAAGCCGUGAACCACUUCGAGUUCAACGACACACUUGUCUCGAAGAAGGGCCUUUGGCAGAGCCUUCGCGCCUACUGUGCCUCCGAGGGCCAAUCCGUUACCGGGAUCGUUCCGCAGACCUUCUACCUUUCGGGCGGUGCCGUGCGGUCUUCGAAGGCCCCCGGCAACCCUCACGGCAGAGACCUCAACCUCGGUAGCGCGAGCGGCAAACAAGGCAAUGUCGGCGACGACCGCGCGGCGUUUCUUGCCGCUUGUGCAGCGAUGGGGGACCCGUCCGAAGCUUCUUCGACGACGAUCCCAGCGCAAGAACCUCCUCUUCCACCGUUGGCACAGACGUCUCCUUCGCAGCAAAGAACGGCAGAGACGUCAUCGGUCAUGCCCGCUAAGCCAAUUUUGACGCUGGCACCGGACACGGCGGUCGAAGACGUAGUGCUCACCGGAGGCGGCUGCGUCUCUCGCCCGUUAGGAGCGGUUGUGCGAUCGGUGUCGGGUUGUAAAACGAACAUGGUCGCUCCCGUGGCGGGAGGUAAGGUGCCGGAAGUAGCAGUGACGUCCGAAACGGAUUUCUCCGGUCAUGAUGCCGCCGAAUCGUGCCCGCCGCAAACGGUAGUGCGAUCGGCGUCGCCCCCUCCGGCUCCCCGGUCGCCAGGGCCUUUUGCGCAAACCCCUACGGACAAAGUCUCUCUGGAGGAACGUCCAGAGGACGAGGAAUGUCCAGAGGACGUGGCGAGUUCACCGUUGCCACCCGAUGACGUUACCGCACAAGAAAACGACAUCGCUCCGGAUGUCCUGGGCAUCGUAGACGCCACGGACAAUAAAGCCGGGCGUAGUGGGUGGGUCGUGCAGCGAUACAUCGAACGGCCGCUGUUGGUCCGAGGCCGAAAGUUCGACAUCCGUCUCUUCGUCCUGGUCGUUGCCGACCCGUCCACCCGGUCCUGGCGAAGACGAUCGAAGCCAUUUCAGCAACAACAAACACCCAGAGGCCAUGCUAGCAAAGGUACGGCUAGAGUAUCUUCGGAUUCGGAGAGCCAGCUGUCGGAGAAGGCGGGAAGUGUUGAGGAGCGAGGAGAGCCGAAGGCGGCACCCGCCAACGGCAGCAGCGUCUUCGGCGGUGGCGGCGUUUCGUCACCUCCGCCUCCUUGUCCGUUGAGGGCGUGGUGUCACCAAGACGCCUACGUACGGACCAGCUCGGUGAGGUACAGCAAUCACCCCAGCAAGGUGAAAGACCGGUUCAUCCACCUGACGAACAAUGCCGUUCAGCGUCGGAGUCCUAGCUAUGGCCACGACGAGCCCGGCAACAAGCUCACCUUAGCUGACCUUCAGGAUUGGCUCGACGGGGAUGAGUCGAUUCACAAGGGGAAUGCUUGCGGGUGGGUUGAGCAAACUCUGCGGCCACGGAUGCACUCGAUGGUAGCGACUUCCGUCGCCGCGGCUUCACAGGCGGGGAUAAACAGGCGAGGCCGUCCCUACGCGUUCGAACUCCUCGGGUACGACUUCAUGGUUGACGAUGAUCUUCGAGUCUACCUCAUCGAGGUUAAUUCCAACCCGUGCCUGGAGUUCGUGUGCCCCUUGCUUCAAGGUAUGAUCGUCCGGGUUAUCGAUGACACCCUCAGCAUCGCCCUCGACUCCGUGUUUCGUCCCCCGGAAAAGCACCGAACAGCGGCAGCGGCAGGUCUUGGGGGAAACGCAGAGGCGGCGGGGGCUGGGUAUUCACUAGUUUAUCCCGUGGUGCAACAAUAA